UGAAGAAAUAAAAUAAAAAUAAAAGUGACUUUUACACUUGGAAUUGGUGUUUUAUAUUGAAGAGAACUCAAAUUAUACGCUUAUGCUCUCUAUUCACUCUGCUCGGUAGUCGAGCCAGCAAACUCACCAAGAAAUAUUAUUCACAAUAGAGGAUAUGUGAACGCAAUGAACAUUGCUGUGCUUCGGCACACUGUGUUUUUGUCACUCGUUGUGAGCGGAUGUUUGGAGUUGUCAUAUUCGUUGUCAGGUUACUCAGUUAUUUUGUGAAAAAAAAAAAAAACAAACAGAUAAACAUACAAUUUAUAAUAAUGCAAUUGAAUUUGUAUACACUGAUGAUUUCAUUAGCUUUGUUUUUAAACUGAAGUAACUGUGUGUAUGCGUAGGGGCGGCCGAGAAUGUGUAUCCAUAGUGAGUAAAAAAGUAAAAACGAAAACAAAUUAUAAAUGAAAUAAAAUAAAGCGCAUGAUGAAGUUUCAAAUAGAUUCAGAGAAUUUGAUUGUUCGCAUUUAAAAAAGAUAAAACGCGUAAAAGAAAACAGCGAAUAGAAAAAAUACUUUUGGAAAACACCUUAGGUGUCAAACUGUAAGAAAAAAGAAAGAGCGGAAGCGGAUAUUUAACUUCGCAACAACGCAUACAACGGAAAUCUACGAAAUAGUAUAGCUGAUUAAAAGUAUACGAAAUCUGUUGAAAAGCUGAAAAACAAAAUAUAAAGUGAAAAAGUACAAUUUCAUAUUGUGCGGCAUAUAAAUCAAAAAGCAGUUGCCAUCAAAGCUAACAAAUAUUAUCAUAUAACGGUACAUUAAAAGAAAACCGAGCUCCAAAAAUAAAUUGCAUCUUAAGAAAAAUAGUAUUUCACCAACACAACAUGCAUAGCUGAGACGAUAGAGAAAGAGAAUAAAGCAAUCCAUGUGAUGUCGCUUCAAUAGUAACCAUAGAAGAAGAAUAUUUGCGUGCAAAGGAGUUCAGAUUGUUUUAUUGCAUAUUUUGGUUGGUUGGUGGUUUGUUUUUGGUUAAUAAACAUUUGUUGCAAGCAUUUGCGCCAAUGCAAGAAAAUAAAAUGUAUCUAGUUCAUAUCUACAACCUUUUUGUUUGGGAAUUUACACAGAGUUGCAACUACAAUACUACUAAACCCACAGUCUCAUGUGUGUGAGUGCUGUUUGCUAUGCAUUUUGGCGCUGGGAAUCAUGCGGGCGAACGCACAAAACAAUCAGCUGGCCUAGUGAAAUUUGUGGAGAUCCAACCAAAAACCCACCCAAUCAACCAAACAACCAACAUUCAAACUUCAAGUGCUUACUUACUUUCGGGCGCGCAGAGGAGUUUUUCAACACUUCAUCAAGUAAAUUAAAGCCAACAUCUUCAGUAUUUUAUUGGUGCUGGUAGGCGAUAAAGAAAGCAGGGCGGGCUCUCAAGCACAGCUAUUAGAGUAUUAUUUUGCUGCUAUGUUGAAUCCCAAUCACACGGGCGCAACGCGGCGUCCCUUCUCGCGCAAUGCACCAAGUCGCAACCAUCCCAGCCGGAUGCUUUUCUCACCGCACCAUCAUUCGCGUCACAUGUUGCAACAGCAACAACAGCAGCAGCAGUUACAUGCACAUGCUCACGCGCAUGCGCACACCCAAUCGCGCAUAGGCAUUGGCAAUGGGAACGGAAAUGGCGCUAACGGCGGUGGCAGUGGUGUCGGCGGUUUCGCCUUGGGGAGCAAUGGAGGCUCCCUAUGCAAUGGCGGACAAUGGUACAACAAUAAAGACAACAAUAUGGACAAUUGGAAUGCACUCGGCGAUGUACAAACAAGUAAUAAUAACAGUGGAAGUUGUCCUAAUAAUAGCAAAGGAAAUCACUAUAGUCACAACCACAAUUACCACCAUAACCACCACAGUCACAAUCUACUCCAUCACAGUAAUGGCAAUGGUCAUACCUUUCACCAAAAUCAUAAUCAUAACCAGCUUAACUAUAAAGAUACCAACUAUAAUAAUAAUAGUAAUAGUAAUCAUCAUCACCAUCAAAAUAGCCAAAGCCAAAGCCAAAGUCAAACCCAAGCCCACCACUAUUAUCGCCAAGUAUACCACAAUAGCCACAAUCACUGUCAGCAUCCGUCACAAGAGCAUACGCACCAACAAUAUAUCCACAAAAGUAUUUCCUCUAGCUCUGGGUCAGCAUCGGCCUCUAGUUCCACAACCGCUUCAACCUCUGGCAAUGCACCUGCCCCUUCUCCACAACCAGCGGCGAGCACCAAUUCCAGUAUUGCCAAUGUGACAACACUAUUGCCAGCAGUAUCCUUAUCGCCCAGCAGCAAUUUCCUUCACUUCCCCAACCACAGUCCCAACCCACCGCCCAAUUUACGAUUGUGUGAGCUUACGAAUAAUAUUAGCAUUUCACCACUGUCAUCUUCAACACUGAAUGUCGCUACACUAAACAAUUGCAAUUUCAAUGAUCAAGAAAAGAUUCCGAACUUGAAAUUACCUGCCCUAUUGUCACCACUCCAGAUUUCCCUUACAUCCAAUGCCUCAUCGCUUGUUUCACCCACCUCACUAGCAAACUCUCAUUCCGCAAAUAACUUUCAGCAAUCGCAAACUAGUCCACAAACAAAUCAAACACCCAAAUCAAACUUAAGUCCAUAUCCAAGUUCCAAUUAUACGCAAAGUCGCAACCAAAUUAAUCAUAACCACCAUUACCACGGUAGUCGACAAUCCCACCUCAAUCAUAACCGCAACCACAACCAUAACCACAGACAAAAUCUGAAUCAAAAUCAUACAAGCCAUAAUCAUGUCAGCCAUAACAAUAAUUUGAAUAAUAAUAAUAAUAAUAAUAGUAGUAAUCAGCAUCAACAAAAUCAAAAUCAUUAUCACAAUUCGAACAAAAACCCAACACAUCAAUAUCACAUCCACAACCAAAAUAAACCGACUAAUAACCAAUCCCACCUCCCGCUAAGAAAUACAAAUCUAAUUUCCACAAACACUACAAAGUCUACAACUACAACUACAACUGAAAAUAGUAACUGUACUGAUGAUGUGAAUGUAACUUCUUGUACUGACAUAAUUCCUCAACGUGAACCAUCACCGCCACCAUUAUCGCCACAAUUGAUGAACAACCAACAACGACGAUGGCGACAACAACAACAACAACAACAAAAUUUGUUAUUAACAAUGGCCACAACCACUGGGGUAUCUGCAUCAUCCACUACACACACGUCCUCGAAUCAACAAUUACAACGUCAUAAACAACAAAAAAAUCAACGCACAUCGGGUGCGCCCUCAACGUCUUCCCGUUGUUCAUCGGCAACAACAACAACAACACCACCAACGGCAACAACGUCCAAUCAUUUGAUCUUUAAUGGAACGCAUAAAAAUUCGAAUAAUAAAAACACGAAAACAUCGCUAAUGAAUAUACCUGCCACAAUGAUGACAACAACAACAACAACAACACCACCAAACGCACCUUCCACAUCACCAAUAUUUAUCUCACCAUGGACGACGAUGACGCCUGUGCCUAUAUCCACAUCUCCCUCGAUAAUAUCGACACCAACAAUAACAACACUGUCCACAAUAAAAAAAACGCGCAAUCCUAAUCUGCCCAUUUCCAAUUUCACGUGUGCGUCUUCUAAUUAUAAUCCUUCCACUUCUACUUCUACUCUUGUUGCAUUUUCUUCUCCUUUUUCUUCUUCUUCUGGGAUAUCUUCGAUCUCAUUGGGAACUGAAUCGCAUGCGACAUCUUCAACCCAUGUUGUUGGUGUUGCUGCUUCCACUGCGUCAAUGGCUGAAUCCGUCAAUACAUUGAAUUUUCAUAACGACAACAACAAACACAAUGAUAAUAAUAUUCAUAUGAAAUACCCGACUGAUGGCACUUUGAUUUGUGAUAAUACCAAUAAUCUGACAAAUAACAAUAUCAACAGCAACCACAAUAACAACAACAACCAUCACCAACAAUUCAAUUCGAUGGGUUUCGGGCAACAACAACACCUGCGGCAUUUACGUUUUAGCAAUAAUGGACGUGGCCUAUUGAAUGGUGGUAUGGAUAAUGGCGGUAGCCAUGGUGAAUAUAAUAACAGCAACAAUUACCGACGGGGUGGUGGAAAUCAAAAUAGCAAUAUGAAUGGUAAUGGUAACUCCAUGCUGAUGCAUCGCCACAAUGGUGACUACUACCCCAAUAGUCACCACAACCAUCAGCACUAUCAGUAUAGUGACCAGAAUCGCCGACACAGUGUCAGCAACAACAAUGGCAACAACAGCAAUGCAACUAGCUCAGGGUUAUUCGAUAGAAAUAAUAGUAACAGCAAUAGCAAUGUAAAUGGGAAUACCAGCAAUAGUACCAACAGUGUGCAUUUCGAUGGUCAUGGCAAUGGCAACCAUUCCCGAAUCGGUGACUUCCACAAUGACAAUCGCUCAGAACGUGGGGGAGGAGCAGAGGCCAAUGGUAUUGGCGCCAGUAGCAGCAAUGGUUACAGCACAGCACGUAAUGGUAAUAAUUACGGACGUAAUGGACAUCAAAAUGGCGGUAGUGGCUCCUAUCAUUACCACCAUCAUAACCAUUACAACAACAAUGGUCCAUCAACAUCAUCUGCUGCAUUAGCAGGUGCUAGCGGUAGUGUUGCCAGCUUGUUGGACGCACCUACUGGCUCUUCUGGCAUUCUGGGCUCCACUACUUCGUUGAACAGUGGGCCUAUUGGGCUUAAGUCGGACAGCCCAUCGCGUAAGCGGCGUCGCAUAUCCGGACGCAUGCCCAGCCAGUCGCCGCCGGCAAUUUGGGAACAGCGUCGUUCACCUCGUACUCAAAUGCAGCAAGGAAGUCCCCCAAUUCGACGACCCCGUCUCCGGGACGCAGGACCUUCUCAGCAAAUUCAUGGCCACCUCAAUAGCGGCAACGUCAAUAAUAACAACAACAAUAGCACUAUUAACGGUAGCAGCAAUCAUUUGCAAAGCUACCACCAGCCACAGCAUUCAAUACCGCACACCCCAUAUUACAUUCGUCAGCAUAUGCCACCACCGGUACUGCAGCAGCAACAACAACAGCAGCAGCAACAACAUCAGACGCAACCUUUGUCACAGCCUCAACCGCAACUCCAGCAACGUUCACCUUGGGAACAUUCGCUUACUGCAGCUGCAGUAAUAACCAGCCCCAACGCUGCUCCAGCGACUGUGAAUGCUUUUAUUCAACAAACGUCACCCCCGCCACAAUCGCCCGGCCACCAUCAUCAGCCAUCUCUUGUGGGUGCGCCACCUCCACCGCCACCGCUGAUGCUGGACAUCAAUCAAGUUCCUGUCAGCCUACCCUUACGUCAUGCCGAACCCAUUUGGGCGUCCAUAUGCACCUACCCCGCACCACCACCGCAAGCGCGAAUGGCACCUUGCCAUUUGCAUGGCAUCUAUUCGCAACCAUUCGCAGCUCCAGCGUGUAAUACACAUCCCAGCACUCAAUUCCCUCCUGCUACGGCUGGUUUUGCUGCUGCCGCUGGUGCUCCCAUACAGAUGUCCCAACCGCCACAGGUGCAAGUGAAUGCUGCUGCAGCUGCGCAGCAACAGCAAACGCAACAGGCCGCCGCUCUAAUGGCAGCCGCCUCUGUAGCCGCAGCCAACUACCAACAUGCUGCUCAUUUGACUCAACAACAGCGCACAGAAGCUACUGCAGCUGCAGCUGCUGUAGCGGGACUUUCUCUAGAACAAGCUGGCGCUCACCAUCUGGACGCACAUCAAGGCCAUACUGCUGCUGUAGCCACACCACCGACACAUCACAAUCAACUUCAAGCAACACCAAUACACAUCACCUCAAUGUCGGCAGUGGCCGCUGCAGCAGCGCAUCAUUUACGCACAACAGCGAGUGCAGCUGUAUCACAAAUGUCUGCGGCGCCACAACCGAUCCUUGUCUCAACAGAGAGACGCGUAUUCCCACCACAUCGUCGUAUUACUCGUUUCUGGCCUGCACACCAUCCACACGCACCACACCGCCCUAUGCUUCCACCACAGGCUUUGGGUCCGCACCAGGCCACACCUGUUCAAAUUCAAACGACUACCGGAAUCAUAAACCCGGGCUUUUUACUUAAUUUCUUAGCCAUGUUCCCGCUCUCACCUUAUAACCAGCAUGAGUUGAGCUCACCGGACUCAAACGAGACAGAAAAUUAUGAAGCGCUGCUAAGUUUGGCUGAGCGUCUGGGCGAGGCGAAGCCACGAGGCUUGGCGCGAAACGAAAUCGAUCAGUUGCCAAACUAUAAAUAUAAUCCGGACACUCAUAACGGUGAUCAAACGUCUUGCGUGGUUUGCAUGUGCGACUUUGAAGUGCGGCAAGUGCUGCGUGUUCUGCCUUGUUCACAUGAAUUCCAUGUUAAAUGUGUUGACAAAUGGCUCAGGUCCAAUCGAACUUGUCCCAUCUGCCGUGGUAAUGCAUCCGAUUACUUUGAGAACCCCGAACAUCAGCAACAGCAACAGUCUCAAACCCAACAAACACAACCACAGGUGCAGCCACAGUCUCAGUCGCAGUCGCAGCCUCAGCCUUCGUCACAGCAACCAACACAAACGCAGCAAGCGACUACAACUCAACCUCCAAUUUCCUUGACAGCACAGUCCACGGUGCAGAAUCAGCAACAGCAACCGCAAGCACAAACACAAGUAACACAGGCGCAUUAAAUGCAAACACAUACAUACAAUGCGGUAAAAGUAAUUGAGAAAAAUUGUACUUCAGGAAAAGAAGAGAAUAGAGUAUACAAAGUCAAUACCAAAUAAAAGUAAUUUAACAAAAAGAAUAUGCAGAUAUUGAACAACUAAAAACUACUCGUAAAAACACUAAAAGUCAAGCACUCUUCUAACGUCCACGUCCAAUAAGUGUAUUUGUAAUUCUUUGUGUUUCCAAUGAAAUUAGAAAUGAGCUAGAAAUUAAUUACAUUCUAAAUGCAAAAUAGAUAAAUGUAUGUAUAUUUAUAUGUGUGUGUGCAUGCGUAGAAAAGAAACUGAAUGAUACAUUGUUAUGAGCGUUUCUUGGCUAUCAUGUGGAAAUCAUAUUUUGAAAUUAACACCAUAACCAGCUACAUAGCUACAUACUAUAUUCUGUAUGCAAUACAUAUGCAAUUGUAGUCGUCAAUCUGUAAAGAUAUUGUUACCAAAUUGUUGUUAAGAUGAGUAAGUUGAAAUAAUCACAACCAAUACGCAAACUUUAGACUAACGGCAAUAGAAUAAAUAGUUAAUCAAUAUAUUCUACAUAUGUAUGUACUUUAUGCUCGUAUCACGGAAUACAACUAGAUCUGUAUAUCACUUGUGUGUAUGUAUGUCUCAAAUGAUUUUCUAAUUAGCCUUUUUCUCGCAUUCCACCUGAGUGGUGUAUCUGUGUAUCUGUUUGUUAAUAUAACAUUUCUUAUACGCAAAAACAAAAACUACAAACUUUAUAGGCAACAAAAUUAGGCUCCUCCAAGCGAAAAGCAAAAUGCAUAGAAAGAAGAAAAAGAGGCAAAUAAAUCAAAUCAUAAUUAUGUAUGUAUGUAAUUUGAUACAUUUACUCAAAAUUCUCUUCAGCCACAUUAAGCUCUGUACAUACAAUUUAUGCGCAAUACGAAUAUGCACUAUGUAGUUGUAUUCGGUCUAAAGUAGGCAGUUUGAAAUUUUUUUACUUCACUUUUUUUUUUAAUCUUAAACACAUUUACUCACUUAGUUACUUACCGCUGUCCUGAUCUCCUCGUGCAGCAUAGGGACUGUAUAAUAUAUCUAAAUGACACUCUAUUAAAUGCUGCACGGCAAAUGUCAUUCCAGUUGUAAUUUACGGUGUCGAGUUCCCUAUCGAUGGUUCUGCGCUAGGCGCUCGCUGGAGCGCCAGGUUGUCUGGAACCCUGGGUAUUUUAUCUUAGCGCCUGCGUGUGUGACCAAUCCAGCCCCACUUAGUCCUACCAAUCUCAAUCGGUACAGUUUCUUAUUGGGUACGGUGCUAUAAAUAUUCGUUUCUUAUUUUUUCUGGCCAUCUUAUACCAAGUAUUCUUCGCAAACAUUUAUUAAUGCAUGUUUGAAUUCUCGAUACAAUACGGGAGGAGCCUUUCCAUGUUUCACAUCCAUAGAAUAGCACUGAUUUAAAAUUGGACUGAAAGAUACGCAACUUCCUACGUUUCCACGACAGUCGGUUCUACGUUACCGAAACGACCCGGAUUUAUAUCCGGCCAAGGACUGUCACUCCAGCAGCAUUUCCCGUAUGUAGGUAGGGGGAAUGUUUAUGCUGCUACAACAACAACAUACGCAGCUUUGUUUUGCGUGAGAUCUGGCCCGACUUUUCCAUAAGUUCCUCAGUAUGCUAAAAACCAAAUUUGCCGUGGUAAUCCUUGUAUCGACGUCUUCGUCAGCACCGCUUUUGGCUGAAAUAGCACUUCCCUAAUAUACAAACCUCUGUACGCUUUCAGUGCAUUCAUCGCUGCACCUUACUUUAGUUUUUCUUGCAUUUAUUACUAGGCCUGCUCCUCUGCUCUGACACAAUAAUUGAUUAAGAUUUUGUUUCCAGAUCAUUUAGUCUGUGUCUGACCCUGCACACAUUGCCCAGGUAUAAGUACGACGUCCAUUGUAUUCCGCGCCUUCCGUUCAUUGAAGAACCCAUUACUUCGUCUAAACAGAGAAUAAAUAGCAUUGGCGCCAAAAUGCAGCUCUGCCACACCCCCCCAGUUUGAACUUCGAAGGGUUCUGAUACCAAACCAUUAUGCAGAACGCAACAUUUAACGGCAUUAUAUGUACAUAGCUUUGAUUAUGUUGGCAAUUUUUUUUGGCAAUCCCCUCCAUAGAAGAGUUCCCCAUACGUAGAGUUCUCCUUUAACGCUGUCGAAUGCUAUUUUAAAGUCGAUAAAGCGCAUAUAAAUUGACGUUCGGAACUCGUCGCAUUGCUUUAGUAUGAUGCGAAUGAUGUUUAUAAGGUCGAUGCAAGAUUGGCCGGCUCUAAAACCAUAUUGAUUUUCUCGGAGGUUGGUUUCUACGGCGACGCACUUGCGGUCAAGUACAAUUUUUGUCAGUAUUUUGCUGGGUACAGGCAAAAAAAUCAUGCCUCGGUAAUUUUCAUAAUUUUAAUUUAGAGAGGUCACGCAUUUUGGGCACCUUUACUAAUACACCCUCAUUCCAGCUUCCAAGCUUGGUAAAGCUUCAUCACUCCAUACUUGUUCUAAUACUGGUAGCCAAAUAUCAGAUGUUAGGUUGGGAUCGAUUUUUUAAGAACUAAGGUUAAAUAUUAUCAUUUUGAGUAUAGUCUCCCCGAGCAUCAGCAAAACGGCACGUAAGUGCUACUUGAAGUGUACCUGUGGUACUCUUGCCAUUUCCCCGAACAUCAAUACAUUUGUCCCAACGAGAUUCCAAUUUAAGAAUUCCAUCACUGAAAUGAAAAUCUGGAAGGGCGACUGCAAAAUACGCUUCCACAGCUGUUAUGACCUCAUCAUUUGAUAAAAAAACGCUUUUCACAUAUGCAUUUUUUUCCGUCUGGAAACAGAUGAAGUCGCUAGGGUCCAAAUCUUGUGAAUACGAUGGAUGCUCCAACAAUUCGAACUUUAAUUCAUGGAUUUUAGCCAUUGUCAAAAUGCUCUUGUGACACGGUGCAUUGUCCUGAUGAAAACGAAUAGUAUAACGGUAAUAUUUCUUUAUUAUGAGGACUGUCAAUGUAUAAACACCAAAAAAUUUUGAAAUAUACAGCUCUCACUCUCACCUUGCUACGAAAAAAAAAAACAAAAAUGUUAUUUUGAAAAAAAGUUGCCCAUUGGCUUAGAAUUCCCCUUUUCAAAGGCACAGAGUUAUGUACAUACAUACAUAUAUACAUAUUAUAGCAAAACAGAAAUUUCUACUGAAAACCCCAAUAACUACUAACAACUACUGAAAUACAGAAAAUCGCGCCCAGCGUAAACUGUUUGUUGUUUUACCUCUAAACUCUAAUCACUAAUCAAAAAUUAUGCUACAGAAAAUAAAAACUGCAUGAACUUUUUAAGUGACCUAGUGCAUUUAUUAUUAAUUUAUUGAAUAGUAUUAAAUCCAUUGCACAAGAGUUCAAGUGUUAAAAAUAUAUGUGCACGCUUAGUUGUCACCUAAAGAACGCGCAAUAAGCCACCGUCCUUUUGAGUAUUUGAUCGAGCUUCUCCUCCUAUUUGUGGCGUGCGUCUUGAUGUUGUUCCACCAUUCACUAUAAACAAAGAAACCGCUCCAUACAAACAAUAUUAGAAUAUUCAUAAAAUGACAGAGCUUCACAAAACUGUAUAUGUAGAUGUAAAUUUUUUUCUUCAAAAAUAUCUAUACAAAAUUCUCUAAAGGGGCGUCCAUAAAUUACGUGAGAUAUUUAAGGGGGGAGGGGGUCAAGUCAAAUCUCAUCUAAUCUUACGUUGGAGAGAGG